GAAAAAUGUAUAGUUAUAUGGCGUUAUCUAUGGUUCUAGUUAUUAGUUUUUGCUUAGCAUGUAACAAUGUUAAUGCAAAAUCUGAAACUCUAUUAACGGAGAAACAUCAUUUUUUUAAUUUUGAGAACAUGAUGAUGGAUGCUGGUUUUGAUUGUGUUGAUAUCUACAAGCAACCUUCUUUACAACAUCCUUUAUUGAAAAAUCAUAAAAUCCAGCUUUACCCAACAUUUGCCAGAAACAUUGUACCAACAAAUUCAUCUUAUGAUGGUAAAACCAUUGAAGAAUGUCCAACAGGAAAAGUUCCUUUUUUCAAUACAACAAAAAAACCUCAAAUAGAAGAUUUUCGGCCAAAUUCUCUAAACUAUCAUUCGGUUACCCUCGACACUACUCAACCUACGAUACUUCAUGGAGGACAUGCAGUCAUUGGUGCAUAUGAUUUGCAACUUCAAGAAAAACAAUAUAGCUUAUCUGGAAUAUGGGUUGAAAAUGGUCCACCUUCUGAUAUGAAUAGCAUAUUUGUUGGACUUGGGGUUAAUCCAGGCUUAUAUGGAGACAGUAAACUUCACCUAACUGCACGUUGGAAGGCAGGUAAAUCUGGAUGUUACGAUAAUAAUUGCCCUGGUUUCGUGCAAGUUUAUAAAGGUAAAGAAUAUAGUCUUGGGAAGGAACUAUCGCCAGUUUCUAAAAUUGGGUCAAUUGAAAAAAUGGUUCUUGUUACCAUAAUCAAACAGGAUAAAUCAACGGGUCAUUGGUGGUUAUGUAUUGACCUUGAGCAAAUAUGCCUUGGAUAUUGGCCAAAAGAAUUAUUCUCUCACUUAAAUUCAGGAGCAUCUACAGUUAGAUUUGGCGGUGAAACUUAUACUCCGCAUGGAAUGGAUAGUCCUCCAAUGGGUAGUGGAAGAUUGCCACAAGAAAAAUUUAGAAACUCGGGUUUUAUGUCAAGAAUUGAGAUUAUUAAUUCAGAGUAUAACGAAAUUGACAUACAUCCUGAAAAUAUGAAGAUAAAUAAAGGGGGUAAUUUAAAUUGCUAUGACUUGUUAUAUCGUGGUUCUGAAGGAAAAUUUAAUCGUCAAGCUUUUUUGUAUGGUGGGCCGGGUGGAAAGUCGUGUUAAUGAUUGUAUCCCAGAAUAAAAUUAUUUAAAGUAUUUAUAAAAAAGUAUUGAAUAAAUUUAAUUAUUUUUA